GGAGUGAGGAGUUGACGAAGCACAGAGGUUAGCUUUGCAGGGUACUCCAAGGGCAAGGCAUCCCUGUCUGCGCGCGUGGCGGAACCUCCCAACGCUUGAUGGACCCAUGUCGCGCCCGCAGCGGGUCCCGGGACCCCAGCUGGAGUUGUGCGUCUGGCUUCUCCAGUCUUGGGUAGUGUGAGUCGCGGCCACGCGGGAGUGGCGGUGGUGAGCCCGCCGGUCGUUAUGAGGAAGGAUCUAAAAUGACCAGCAAACGGAGAGCUUUCCAAACGCCCCUCAGGAGAUCAAUCAGUGAGCAGUUACGGGACUCUACGGCCAGAGCCUGGGAUCUGCUGUGGAAAAACGUCCGGGAAAGAAGGUUGGCAGAAAUUGAGGCAAAGGAAGCAUGUGACUGGCUGCGGGCUGCUGGGUUCCCACAAUACGCACAGUUAUACGAAGAUUCACAAUUUCCCAUCAACAUUGUGGGUGUCAAGAAUGAUCAUGAUUUUCUUGAAAAGGACCUUGUAGAACCUCUUUGCAGACGACUAAAUACAUUGAACAAGUGUGCCUCAAUGAAACUUGAUGUGAACUUCCAAAGGAAAAAGGGUGACGACUCAGAUGAGGAAGAUCUUUGCAUCAGCAACAAAUGGACUUUCCAGAGAACCAGCCGCAGGUGGUCUCGUGUGGACGACCUGCACACACUAUUCCCUGGGGGAGACAGAAAUGGGUCACCCGUGGGCCCUAUGAUGAGAAACACAACCAGCAGUGAGAGCGUCCUCACAGACCUGAGUGAGCCCGAGGUCUGCUCCAUUCACAGUGAAAGCAGCGGAGGCAGUGACGGCCGCAGUCAGUCAGGCCAGUACUGUGCUGACAGCCCAGUCAUGCUGGAGGCCACCCUAGUCAGCAGUGGCCUCCCACAGUCCCCCCGAGACACUCUCAACCACCCUUUGCACCCCAAGAAUGAGAAAUCCAACAGGGCCAGGGCGAAGUCGAUUUUAAAACGCAUGGAAACACUCCGAGCUAAGGGAGUCCAUGGGAAGCAUAAGGGGCCAGGGCGGACAGGUGGCCUUGUGAUCAGUGGACCUGUGUUACAACAGGAGCCCGAGUCCUUUAAGGCCAUGCAAUGCAUCCAAAUACCAAAUGGAGAUCUCCAGAACUCACCCCCAGCCGCCUGCAGAAAAGGGCUUCCAUGCUCCAGUAAAUCCAGUGGUGAGAGCAGCCCCUCAAACAGCAGCAGUGGGGUGAGCACGCCAUGCCUGAAGGAACGAAAAUGCCACCAGGAGGCCAACAAGCGUGGGGGCAUGUACUUGGAGGACCUGGAUGUGCUGGCAGGGACAGCACUGCGGGAUACAGAAGACCAAAGCCACACUCAUGGGUUUCACUCCCAAGAGAAUUUGGUGGUGCAUAUUCCCAAGGAUCAUAAACCAGGAACAUUCCCCAAGGCACUUUCUAUCGAAAGCCUGUCACCCACAGAUAACAGCAAUGGGGUUAACUGGAGGACCGGGAGCAUCUCCCUGGGCAGGCAGCAGGGCUCUGGCGGGAGGGAGCCCAGGCUCAUGGCAUCCUGCCACAGAGCAAGCCGAGUCAGUAUCUAUGACAAUGUCCCCGGCUCCCAUCUGUAUGCCAGCACAGGAGAUCUGCUGGACUUGGAGAAAGAUGACCUGUUCAUCUUGGAUGACAUCCUGCAGCAAGUCAAUGGACUCCAAGAAGUAGUGGCUGACUGGUCGAAAAAUGUCUUGCCUGAACUGCAGACUCAUGACACGUUGGGUGGGGAACCUGGUUUACCUGCCUUGCCAUCUCCUAAUCAGAUCACCUUAGAUUUUGAGGGCCACUCUGUCUCAGAAGGUCGGACAACACCCAGUGAUGUAGAAAGAGACGGAACAUCUCUGAAUGAGUCUGAGGCCCCUGGGGUCAGAGAAAGGAGGGAUUCUGGUGUAGGGGCUUCUCUGACGAGGCCAAACAGGCGACUCCGAUGGAACAGUUUCCAGCUCUCACACCAGCCCCAGCCAUCCCCGGCGUCACCCCACAUCAGCAGUCAGACCGCCGGUCAGCUGAACCUGCUCCAGCGCUUCUCACUGCUCCGCCUCACAGCCAUCAUGGAGAAGUACUCCAUGUCCAAUAAGCAUGGCUGGACAUGCCUCUCCCCACGGUGUGCCCCAGGGGGCUUGCAUGACCUGGUUUCUGUGAAUUCUAGGUCAGUUCCAAAGUUCAUGAAGAGGAUGAAAGUUCCUGAUUACAAAGACAAGGCUGUCUUUGGUGUUCCUCUCAUAGUCCACGUCCAAAGAACGGGACAACCUCUGCCUCAGAGCAUUCAGCAAGCACUGAGAUAUCUUCGUAGCAACUGCCUUGAUCAGGUGGGUCUUUUUCGCAAGUCGGGAGUGAAGUCUCGAAUCCAUGCCCUACGUCAGAUGAACGAGAACUUUCCCGAGAGUGUCAGCUAUGAAGACCAGUCCGCUUAUGAUGUGGCAGACAUGGUGAAGCAGUUCUUCCGGGACCUUCCUGAGCCUCUUUUCACCAACAAACUCAGCGAGACCUUCCUCCACAUCUAUCAAUACGUCCCCAAAGAGCAGCGACUGCAGGCUGUGCAGGCUGCCAUCUUGCUGCUGGCAGAUGAAAACAGGGAGGCCCUACAGACUCUCCUUUGCUUCCUAAAUGACGUCGUCAACUUGGUGGAAGAAAAUCAGAUGACGUCCAUGAACCUGGCUGUGUGUCUGGCCCCCUCCCUUUUUCAUCUUAAUUUAUUGAAGAAAGAAAGCUCUCCAAGAGUCAUCCAGAAGAAAUAUGCCACUGGGAAGCCAGAUCAAAAGGACCUCAAUGAGAAUCUGGCCGCAGCUCAGGGUCUUGCCCACAUGAUCACGGAAUGCAACAAACUGUUUGAGGUCCCACAUGAGUUGGUGGCCCAGUCUCGCAACUCCUAUGCGGAGGCUGAGAUCCACGCACCCACCCUGGAAGACUUGGGGAUGCAGCUGGAGGAGAGUGGAGCAACUUUCCACACUUACCUGGAGCAUCUUGUCCAGGGCCUCCAGAAAGAAGCCAAGGAGAAGUUCAAAGGAUGGGUCACGUGCUCCAGCCCCGACAACACAGACCUCGCUUUCAAAAAGGUGGGGGACGGGAACCCCCUGAAGCUGUGGAAGGCGUCUGUGGAGGUGGAGGCGCCCCCCUCAGUGGUGCUGAACCGCGUGCUGAGAGAGCGCCACCUGUGGGACGAGGACUUCCUGCAGUGGAAGGUGGUGGAAACGCUGGACAGGCAGACAGAAGUCUAUCAGUAUGUGGUGAACAGCAUGGCCCCCCAUCCUUCCAGGGACUUUGUGGUUCUCAGGACCUGGAAGACUGAUUUGCCCAAAGGAAUGUGCACCCUGGUGUCCCUCUCUGUGGAGCACGAAGAAGCCCCACUCAUGGGUGGUGUGCGGGCUGUGGUGAUGGAUUCUCAGUACUUAAUAGAACCAUGUGGUUCUGGCAAGUCCAGACUGACCCACAUCUGCAGAAUAGACCUGAAAGGUCACUCUCCAGAAUGGUACAACAAAGGCUUUGGACACCUCUGUGCAGCAGAAGUUGCCAGGAUUCGAAACUCUUUUCAGCCCCUCCUUGCUGAGGGUCCAGAAACUAAAAUCUGAGUUGUCCCCAGUGUGACAUCAAACUCAGGGAACAGGAAGCUAAAACGGACAUUUGUGGCAGAGUGUGAGCGUGAGAAAGCGAGCAGGAGAGAGGCGCUGGUGAACGUGGUUGAUCGUUAAAAAUGGAAACACUGCGAAGUUGGAAUGUUGAAGAUGCAAGAAUUUUCUGAGAACUUUUUCAGCCUUCCUGGAGACGGCUACAUCCCUACUAAUAUAAUAUUUUUUAAAAAAUCAGAACAUGUAUCUAUGCUACUUAAAAUGAAAUGGAUUAGUCCUUAUGCAUUGCCUAAUUUGCUAUUUAAAAGCUUCUAAGAAGCAUAUUCUUAACUGUAAAUAAAUGUACAUGUAGCAUUUGUACAUAUAUGUGUAUAUCUCUAUCUCUCUGUAUAUAACUGUAAAAUAUUGAUUUUAUAUAGAAUUGUCUGACUCCGUGAGUCCCUUCCUCACACAGCUCUUCCCAAGUUUCCCUGGCCCCACUCCCUACUGGCCCUUAAUCUAAGCAGAGCCCGCUGCUAACACCAAGGUGUGAAAAUUUAUCAUCUGUCAGCUUUACUUGAUGUCUAGCCAAAGAUUAGCUAACCAAAGGAAAAUAGCAUUGAAAGGGUUCUCAAGCAUUUUGCCAAUUUGUUUCUGUUGUUCAAAAACCCGAGAGUGGAGUGCUGGGAGAAAGCACGAGAAGGAAUCCUUACUCCUCUUCAAAGCAAAGCAGUGGGUGAGAAGUUAUUGCCAAAGUCUAGAUUUCAAGUAGCUUCUGGCAGUUUCAUUCAGUGCAAUGUCAGAUGGACACCAAUGACCAAAUCAAAACCAGUAUGCUACCCCCACCCCAAAAAAGGGCUGAAUAUCAUGUCAUACCUUUUCAUAUUCACAGAGAGAGACUCUGCGUUGUCUCGAGUUUUCAUAGAGGUUUUCCAUAAUGUAAUUAAAUGUUCUUCUAUUUGACCAGUGGCCUAUGUGGCCAUAGUUAAUUGGCAUUUCAUUACCAAUGUAUUGCACUGAAUUUACUCUGGACAUCAGACAAAGGGAGAUGACGGUCACUCAAGAGUCCUGGAUAGUCACAGCUUCAGGGAAUUUAUAUUUUGCUAUAUGUGAUAUUCUUAAAAUAUAAUUCAUUAAAGUCUUGCAAUUUGAAAAACAGGGUUUUAACUAACAUAAGACCAAAACUAUAUUUUAAUUAGUUUUAGAAAAUAUAAGCAGAUAUAUUAAUUCUAGUUUUCUUCAUUAGCCAAUUCAAGCUGCCUAUGCAUAUGACCCCACCUUAUUUAUUAUUGUACAGACUAAACAAAUUAACUUUUUCUUAACCAUUUUCAAAUGGGUUUAAGUUGGCUUUUUUUAAUUAUUGUAAUACAACUCUAGUCGUAAAAAUAACUUAUUGUGCUUGGUUUAAAGGAGAGAUUUUCUGUGGUUGUCUAUGACAGAGACGGAUAUGAUUUAGCAACUGAUAUUGGAGGGGAAAAAAUGACUGUUUUCAGGGUUUUUGUAUUAUAAGCAUUUAUGUGAUGUUUUCUCUUAUAAAAGAUGUGCAAUUGUCUUAUUGAGAGGAAUAAAAAAGCUCUGCAUUUGGUAUGGUGCAAGGAAAAUCAUGCUAGGAAUUUUUCAUUCCCAUGUCUACUUAAGAUGGUGGCAGCAAGCCCAUGAUUUACCAUUUGGGCAGUUCUCUGUGAGCAAGACAAAUAUGCUUCUGCCAUGACAUCUUAAAUUUAAUCAUAUAUCCCAGAUUACUUUCUAUGCAUCGACAAGAUCAUUAAUGAAGUUUAAUCUAGCUAAACACUGGUCCUGCUCCAGAGGUAGGACACUGUGUGUUUGGAAAAUAGAAUAGGCACACCAGGAUGAAUGGCAUCAUAUCGCACAGGGCAGUAUUACUUUAACUCUAACCUACACAGGAAUCACCUGGGGAUCUUAUUAAAAUGCACGCUCUGACUCAGGCAGUCAGGGGUGGGCCGGACAUUCUGCAUUUGUAAUGAGCCUCAGAGAUUCCAUGCUUGGAGCCCCAGGGACACACUUUGAAGAAAAAAGACUUAGAGAAUACUGAAAACAUAAUAAAAACAAAUAUGAUUGUACUUCUGACUUCCCCCCACCCAAUUACUUGUCUUUUAGUUUUUAUGCACAUACUAAUCACAUCACCCCUGUAAUAAUAACAUGGUGCAUCUUUACAAUAGAGGAAAAGGGCAGGGGGGGGAUGAAAAGAGACUGCAUCAAGCUUGUUUGUCAGAUACUACAGUAUUUUAUUCAUCUUUUUCUUGCCAAUGGAAAUAAAAUAUAAUAUUGCAUUUAAA